AUGGCGUUGGGGAAAUUUGAGCCGAACGAGUUUAUGGAUUCUCAGGGAAAGGAAAGAAACCCAGAAAACUCUCGCUAUCUGGCCAACCUCUUUUGUGGGCCAGCUAAUGAAGACAGAAUAUUUGGGUGUUACUGGCGAGUCAGCCCUAAGGAGGCUCACUUCCGCGUGUUCUCCGGAACCGAGGCUGCAGCAGCCCGGGUGUUCCAAAGAGACGCGUGCUCUCGGAAGGAGCGAGACUUCCCAGGCCAGGAAAAAUGGGAGAUUCGCCUGGCUGGGAAGAAAUCCGGACAGUUUCGUAAUCUAAGCCCCGUCUACGUGGGGAGAAGGCUGAGAAGGAAAGUCUGCGGAGUUGAAUAUAAUGUCAAUAUGUACAACAAUUCGUGGGUGGGCGUCUACGUCGGGGUAAAUAAGCAGGCAUAUUCAACAGGCAUUCGCUAUAGCCGGAUUUUAGACAUCCCGUGUAAAGUGUGUGGUGACCGCAGCUCCGGCAAGCACUACGGGGUUUACGCCUGUGAUGGAUGCUCAGGGUUUUUCAAACGAAGCAUCAGAAGGAAUAGGACUUACGUCUGCAAAUCUGGAAACCAGGGUGGCUGCCCAGUGGACAAGACACAUAGGAACCAAUGCAGGGCAUGUCGGCUGAAGAAAUGCUUGGAAGUCAACAUGAAUAAAGACGCUGUUCAACAUGAAAGGGGACCGAGGACAUCUACAAUAAGAAAACAAGUAGCUCUGUAUUUCAGAGGACACAAGGAAGAUAAUGGAGCCACACCACACUUCCCCUCUGCAGCUCUACCUGCCCCAGCUUUCUUCACUGCUGUUACGCAGCUGGAACCUCAUAACCUAGAACUGGCUGCCGUUUCUACGACAUCUGAAAGGCAAAGCUUGGUGGGCUUGGCGCAACCAACUCCAAAGUAUCCCCACGAAGUCAGCGGUACGCCCAUGUAUCUCUACGAAGUGGCUACGGAAUCGGUCUGCGAGUCUGCAGCAAGGCUUCUCUUCAUGAGCAUCAAAUGGGCUAAGAGCGUCCCAGCUUUUUCCACUCUAUCGUUACAAGAUCAGCUGAUGCUUUUGGAAGAUGCUUGGAGGGAACUGUUUGUUCUAGGAAUAGCACAAUGGGCCAUUCCAGUUGAUGCUAACACUCUACUGGCUGUAUCGGGCAUGAAUGGAGACAACACAGAUUCGCAAAAGCUGAAUAAAAUUAUCUCAGAAAUACAGGCGUUACAGGAGGUUGUGGCUAGAUUUAGACAGCUUCGGUUAGAUGCUACAGAAUUUGCCUGCCUCAAAUGCAUCGUCACUUUUAAAGCUGUGCCUCCGCAUAGCGGUUCUGAACUCAGAAGUUUUAGAAAUGCUGCCGCCAUUGCAGCUCUUCAAGAUGAAGCUCAGCUCACCCUGAACAGCUACAUUCAUACUAGGUACCCCACACAACCUUGCCGUUUUGGGAAACUCUUGUUGCUUUUGCCAGCUUUACGUUCAAUUAGCCCAUCUACGAUAGAAGAAGUAUUUUUCAAAAAAACCAUUGGGAAUGUGCCAAUUACAAGACUGCUUUCAGAUAUGUACAAAUCUAGUGACAUAUAG